GAUCCGGGCGGCGUGACAGCGCGCAUGUGCAAACUGCCCCGGGCCGCACCCUGUUAGAGCGCUUUCAGUCGACGCGAGUACACUGAAGCCUCUAGUUGUGUUGGGUUGACAUUACGUGUAGAGCUGCAGAAGUAAAAAUAAACGGUAGAAUGUGUGUGAAGUGCCAAAAGUAUUUACUCCUGUUACGCGGUCUGAAAAUAAAACGCAGAACCCAAAUUCGCACAACCUUGAAGAAGAAAGCGUUCGAAGACGCAGGUAUACCUUUGCGUCAGGUAAGCAGCACAGUCACCAGCCCUGCGCCGCAGGCACCCCACGUGCCGCACGUGUCGCACGCGCCGCACGUGCCGCACGUGGUGCUCCCACCACCAGUCCCACCCGCGCCACUGAGCGUCAUCAACACACAUUCGGUUUUAGGAAAUAACGCAGAGGUGACCCUGAACAUGCUGAACGCUUUGGAGACGGAGAUCGAUGUGGACGGGCUCGGCGGCGACGUCAAGCUGGAGUUCGAGGCGCCCAGCGAGGAAGUGCCCACCGUCUAGAUGGACGUGUUUUCGUUUGUUUCUGUUUGUUGGGUGUGCUAGGCUAAGCGGGCGCGGCCGAACUGUUACGCAGACCUGCUACUGUCACGCUCCUCCCCGGUGAACGCGCCACAGAUCCCGCUCACCCCUGCCGUCUCCACUUCGAGGCGCGCCUCCGCUGCCUCCUCUUCUCGUUAUUCGACUUGCCUCUCUUCUGACCUCGAGUCUCUUUUCCUUCUCCACCUCAUUUAUAUUCCCUUACCCCUCAAAUAUGUUGAGUCACUAUUUUUGGACACAUAAUCAUAUUAUUUCUCAAAUAUUUCCCUCGCCUACAUUUGCCCUAAAUGGAUAUUUUUCUCUGUCUUUAUCUAUUAUCCCCGUUCGCCUAAAAGGGGGGUGACUGUAGCACCGUUACAAUAAGUUAACAUACCUAAGUGCAUCUUCGACACAGGGCUUACCCGACGACUCUCGGGUGAACCGUUUGUCCUCUUUAAUGUUAUUGUUAGUUUCAUUUAGUUCUAUUGCACCGCCCGUGAAGGGUGAACAACCAGCUCCGGCCCACUUGUGGGCCGUUGUAGCCAUUUUUACUUGUUUACGAUUAAAUUAUUUAAACGUGACAUUACUUAUGAUUAGGUUUUACAUGAUUUAUGUUUAAACAUUGAGUUCUGUUCAAUAUAAUUUACCUCAUUUGUAAAAGUAUGUCAAAAUAGUUGCCUUAUUCAUGCUGUUUUAGACUAGUUAAGUAGAAGAAAUUAUUUACACAGAAAUAGAGAGAUUUAUAUACCUUGGGGCAUUCGGAGUAACCACUUGUGUUUGGAUAUCGUUUGGGCGACGCAGCGCGGCACUCUGUGCGGCGGUGCGCAGCCUCGGCGCGGUGGAUAGUGACUUGUUGGUAGAUGAAUAUUAUAUUUUAUUAUAUUCUUUUCCAAGUGCCUUUGGGCAGAAUAGUAAGAGUUAUCCGAAACCACUCGGGCUUUUUCAUAUAUAUAUGUAUAUUUGGUAACAGUUCGGCUAGCCCACGUUUAUCUUCGGUUGCUAUGAGUUAAGUUUUGAUGUUGUCCACUGGCGGUUAAUAAACGUCUUUUCACUUGGUCCACUUUAGUAGAUCAAUUGAUCCUACAAAACUGUUUCCUGUGUAAUUUGCUAAGGUUUGACUCGUCAGUGGACCCGAAACCGGUCGGUAUCGAACUGAGUGCCUCGACCCAUAGGCAUAAACUAUAGCAAAUAAUAGAUAUGUAAAGACACAUACCUCAUUCCGUCUUCCACGAGUAGCUUUAGCUCGAUACCGACGGCUCAAGUUCUUUUUAUAUACAUCUGUUUUUCAUAUAUUAGAGCAUAUUUAUAUUGACUCUCGUGAACAAUCUGUCGAGGGACUCUAUAUUGCGUUGAGUUCAUUCAGAACAGUGAAUAGCGUCCCUCGGCGGAGUAAACGAGCCGUUGUUAUGUCGUAUCCUCGGGUCCAGACAGCGAUGCGGCGCGGCUCUUGCGUUGGUAUGUCUAGACGGUCCUUGAGAUGGCAUCAGGUUUGCACUAAGAAGGUUCUUCCUAUAAUUUUAAUCACCGCGUCAACCAUCUUGUCUGGAUUUAGGGCGGCAAGCGUAUUUUUUGCGAAAAUUAGAUUAUAUUUCAUCAGAUUAUUUAUAUAUUUAAUAGAUAUUUAUUUACACGGAAUAUUUUAUUUUUAUAAAAAAGUAUAUUUUUAUGUAAAAGGGCGGGAGGGGUAGGCGGGAUCACGUUAGGGAAGUGACCAUCAUGCGCGCCUGCAGCCCUGCUCACGAGCUGGUGCGGGCAGGCGGCACGGCGGUCGUGAGGCGGUCGAGGAGGGUGAACCGUCGGUUGUUUAACAUCACAGGACUACCGUGGCGAGGGCUAACACCGAAUUUCUAGAACUUCACUUCUGGCUCGUGUAGUAACAUCUUGUACUGAUAACUCCCUCAAGGCUACGUCAAGGACUUUACCGGCGGUCUCAAAUUAAUUGUAGACCUAGGAUUUAGUUCGCUGUAGACCUUGGAGGUGAAGAAAGCCCGCGUGGGUGGGAGGUGCACGCUGCGGCUAGCCUGCGACGAGCGGGCGGGCCCGAGCCGCGACUGUCCGCGCACGUAACUUCCGACCAUGCCGCCCUUUAGUUUAUUUGCAGCAAUAACAUUAGUGCCGGAUCGUAAUGCGAAUACCUCAUUGUUGCCUCAUUUUUUGGAAAACGCGAUUAUUUCUGAAAGUGUCUUUAAAAUAUAAAAAUUAAAUAACAUGAACAUACAAGCCGUGUACGGAUAAAAAUAUACUUUUCUUAAACAAUGUUCGAUAUGUAUGUCUUGUAUUUGAAAUAACAUCUCAGGUGUCAAGCUAUGGAUAAGUGUAUUUCUUAAUGUAAAAAUACACUUAAAGCGAUCUUGUAAUGUGUGCAAAUAGUUUACUAGGCGUAUACAAGAACUGCACUUACUAAGAAACAUAGUAAAAUGUCUAUGUAUGUGCACAUUUCACUUGCCAACUGGUGGCGACUGUCUACUUAAUGAUGUUCUUGUACCCGGCUAUUAGUUAAAUAUGAAGUAUCACUUCAUACAUGUUUACACAGGAAUAGCAUUGCUGUGAACUGGUUUGCUGUGAACGCCUAGCCCGUUUAUGGCAAGCGCCACUCUCAAUAAUGAGGAGCUGCUACUCCUAUUGGAGUGUGGCAUUUAAUAAGCGGGCUAGGCGUGCAGUGCACAUGCAAUGUUAUUCAUGUACAUUGAUAGAUGUACGGAUGUACGUCUUGAGGUAGGUGGUAGUGCCAAGUUACUCAAGGCAGGCACGCCCGGGGAAGUACCACCCCCCCACAGAAUACCAUCGAGCGCGGCGACGUGACUUCACCGAGGCUCACGCCGACGUGGUCGCGACUCGCAGCGCUUGUGGGGAGCCGGAGCCUACUGCCGGCAGCGCGCUCCGGACCGGCGCCCUCGGGGGCUGGUCGGGGUGCGCGGCGGGUCGCAUGACCCGCUGCAUGCUUGCCGGCUUCACAAAAUUCCACCUCUUUUGUAAAUAGUUUCCUUCUUCCUAGAAUUAAGGUUUUGUAAAUAGCGAUCAGUAGGGGUCUUUGAAUACCUCUAAGAGCCUUACAGAUCUAGUGCCGUUGGGCUAGGGCUCGGGAUACGUAAUUUCUCAGAGUUGAAUACUAUCGAUGUAUUUUGCUAAUAUUCAAUUCUAUACCAAAUUGCUAGACCGUAGCUCUUAUAUUUCUAGUAAUAUUUAAAUAAACAUUACUCCCUGUUUAUCCGAGUGACAUUAAAUAAUAUAAUAUGAUAA